AUGUCUCGAUUUUAUCCAUUAGAUUUUCGUCUGAUGGCUAUGUCGCAGUUUCAGAUCUUGGCAUUGUUGUGUCAAACAGCGGCAUCAGCUAUCAAUAGUGCUCUAAAUCAAUUUCUGGCGCAACAAAUGGUUAGCAGUCAAGCUGUAUCACGUGAAGUAUUCGAGGCUCAAGUUGUAGCACUUGUCGAACAAAUGCAAACGACAACAGUAGCGAAUGUGCAGUACAUCGAUCAGCUGGUAUCCCUAGUUACUUUUAACAGUGGAAUUAUGUCAGCUUUGAAUACCAAUUAUUACCUUAUCUAUAAUCCAUUGUCAUCAAUUUACUACGUCGAGCGCGGAAACUAUGCGGUUGGGAAUUAUAUGAUCAGCAAUUCCUCGAAUCCGAACAAUACUUAUUGCAAUUGUCAGCUCAUGUCGAACUGUGCUUUUCAAGCUGGUUACUACAGCUAUGCCAUCCGCCCUCUAAACGCUCAGCUAUCGCCAUAUCUACCUUCGCCACCACCUAAACUUGUUGUGCCAGGUAUAUUGGUUGGAUGCCUGCCUCAUGAUUCAAUGCUUCUGUCGACACUGGAGUGUUUUUACAAUCGUUCAUGCCUCAGUCUCAUUGGUGUAUCACAAGCGAUCAUCCCACUCAAUGCGGCUGCUGCAUCUAGCUUUCGAGUCAAUACAACCGUGAAUACUUUGUUCGAACAGCUUUUUGUCGAAACAUGGCAAAAUUCGAGUAAUUUCACUAGUUACUACAAUGCAUGCCAUCUGGAAGCAUGCUCCUACACUUAUACACAACCUGGUAAUCUUCUUUAUGCAAUGACGAUGCUGCUCAGUCUUAUCGGAGGUCUCACAACAGUACUCGGUAUUCUUGUUCCUCUCCUCGUAAAAUUCAUUUGUGGUCUACUAAUUAAAUGCCGAGGUAAUGCAGUUCUUACAAUAGAAAAUGAUCCUGCAGGUAGAUAA